UCCGGGCGGCGGCGCGGCCCGCCCCGAGGAGGGAGGCUCCGCUUGCCGCCCUGCCCACCGCCCCGUGCCACCUUCGGCGCCGCGCGCUAUGCUGGCCCCGGGGGCGCUCCGAGGGACCCUCACCGCCGCCGCGCGCCUCGCCCGGCAGCGUCCGCAGGUACUUGCAUCCCUUGCUACAGGGCCCAGACAAAAUAAUGGCAUUUUCUACGAAAUUCGCACAUAUGAUAUUAAACCAUCAAAGAUGAAUGAGUUUAUGCAAUUGAUCAACAAGUACCUUCACCUUCGCACAGCUCACUCAGAGCUGGUGGGAUUCUGGUCUGCGGAGCUGGGCGCAAUGAAUAAGGUGUUGCACAUUUGGAAGUACGAUAAUUUUGCCCACAGAACAGCAGUCCGACGUGCACUAGCCAAUGACAAAGAUUGGCAAGGAAGACUUUCCCAAGUUCUUCCCUUGGUAGAAAAGCAGGCCAAUGAGGUUGCUUAUCUGGUACCCUGGUGUCAACUUGAGAAGCCUCCAAAGGAAGGGGGAGUAUACGAAUGGGUUACUUUCCAGAUGAAGCCUGGUGGACCAGCAUUGUGGGGUGAAGCGUUUCAAGCUGCAAUCAAUGCUCACAUCCACACAGGCUACACCAAGCUGAUCGGUGUUUUCCACACAGAGUAUGGAUUACUUAAUAGAGUCCAUGUGAUCUGGUGGAAUGAGAACCCAGAUCAACGGGCAGCAGGAAGGCACAGUGCCCAUGAAGACGCCAGAGUGGUAGCAGCUGUGAGGGAGAGUGUCAGAUUCUUGGACUCCCAAGAAAAUAUGCUCCUGGUUCCUUGGCAGUGCUCACCACUGAAAUAACUUUCUUCUAAAGGAUGUAACCAGUGGCAGUGACAAGAUGGAAGUGCUGUCAGCAAGUGCCAUCACAUGUAUCAUCAUACUCUUGCGAACUGAGCUGUUCUUGCUUACAAUAAAUAGAUGCAAAAUGCUGGUCAGUAGCAAUGUAAAUCAGUAAAAUUUUGCACCCCGACAGGAAUUGCUAAACAGAACUUUAUGGUGAUGUUCCUUCCUUCCGAGGAAAAAGAAUUCAAAUCAUGUCACUUGUGGCAUAAACCAUACUUCACCAAUCUUUUAUGUUAACCCCUCAGUUCUUAAUACUUUUCUGCAUAGAUCACUUUAUUUAAAAGGUUCAAUGAGUGCUAUUUUCCAAUGUCACAGCUCAGGACCAAUAUAAUUUUCAUAUUGUACUUUGGUGACUUUUAAUUAUCACAUCUUGGUUAUUGCCUACUGAAUUAAGAAGGAAUGCCCCCCCUCAUUGGUUACCCAGUUAUACUUUAAUCACACUUCUCACUGAGAUGCUUUAUAUUAAUAAUAAUGAAUAUAAUAAUUAAUAUAUUAAUAAUAAUAUAUUAGUAAAGCAUCAGUACCGAUGGAUUUGCACAUAGAAAGUGCUACAGUGAAGCUGAUCAGGUAGUGUCCCCUGAUGACCUCUGCCACAACACAAGCAGUUAUUCAUUAUUUUGCUAUAUUUUGCUUCAGCCUGUUCCUCUUUUUGUUCAAUAAAGACUUCUUCAGAACUGUAGGUUAGCCUGGUCUUACAUUCUUUGAAAUAUGUUUUGCUGUUAAAAGCCAAAUAUAUUUGUAUAGAGCAUCACUUUUUAGUGUUUAUUCUUUUUAAACUGUGAAAUAAUAAACCCUUUGAGUACAGAAUUUCGCAGGUCUUGCCUUUUUGUCAACAGCAGUCUCAGUAACAUUUUCUUUUUAAAGCCAGUAAGCUAGGGUGGAUAGCAGCGGGGCAGAGGGCACAUGGGCUCAGAAGUUAAACUUCUAUUUUUGUGUAGAGUGGUACAAAGUACUCUCUUCUGAAAUUCAGAGUUCACUAAUUGGCGGAACAAUUCAGAGGCUUUUCCACAGGUUAAUCACUGACCUGCAGUGAGCAAUUCUGUUCACUUGUCUACUGAAGUAUCAUUAUGCAGUCUGCCUAAUGAUGAUUAUUUCCUCUUUAAAGUGCACUAGGAUCAUAGAAUGGUUUAGGUUAGAAGGGACCUUGAAGAUCGUCCAGUUCCAACACCCCUGCCAUGGGCAGGGACACCUCCCACUACACCAGGCUGCUCAAGGCCCCAUCCAACCUGGCCUUGAACACCUCCAAGGAUGGGGCAGCCACAGCUUCCCUGGGCAACCUGUGCCAGUGUCUCAGCACCCUCACCGGGAAGAAAUUCUUCCUAACGUCUAAUCUAAAUCUUCCCCCCUCCAAUUUAAAGCCAUUCCCCCUUAUCCUGUCACUACAUGCCCUUGUAAAAAAUCCCUCUCCAGCUUUGUCAUAGGCCCCCUUCAGGUACUGGAAGGCUGCUGUAAGGUCUCUGCAGAGCCUUCUCUGGACCUGUUCCAACUGGGCUCUCAGAAGACCAGAGUAGAGUGGGAGAAUCACCUCCCUUACCCUGCUUGCCAUGCUUCUUUUUAUGUAGCCCAGGACAAAGUUGGCAUUCUUGUCCUAUCACUGCUUACUACCUGGGAGAAGAUCUCAUGGAAAGCACUAAAAUAACAGCAGUAGGCAAUUAUGCUUAUGUCCAACGUGAGUGGUUGGAAUCAAGCUGCUGUAGUUAAGGGAGUAUAACAAGUCCCAGCUCCUGUACUCAUCUCUAAUUUUUUCCCCAAGAGAGCCCUUUUCAGCACUCUCUUCACAGACCACUGUCUUAAGUUUUACAAAUCAACUUAAAGUAAAACUUCUCCUUGUCACUAGCAUUGAGAGUAAAAAAUACUCAGAAUGUUGAGUGUUGCGCUUUAUUCCAAAGUUUGUUCCCUGACAAGAGGUUGAUAAAUAAACACAUUACCCAAAGCAUCAGCUGGACACUAGAUUAAAACAGAAAACCCAGGAAAUUUUAGUUGGCUUCUUAUUUAAGGAUGAAUUAGCUGAUGAGUGUAACUUCAAGAAUGGCUGGAUUCUGGAAUUAAAUAAAAUGAUAGCAGCAGACAAAAUUUUAACCUAAGUUUUCCUUUGAGUAACUGGACCGUUAUUAUGCUUUCAUUUGGAAACUGCUGUUCAGAAUCAACCCAGUAUUAGUUUAAAUGAUCUUCCUUUAAUUUGAUAUUAAGGAUUAACUAAGUUUACAUUAUUUCAGUCUUUAUACUGAAAAGCAGCAUUUUUCUUUGUCAGUGAAAACAGGUACAGGGUGUUUUCAGCAAAGAGGAGGAGCAAUUACCAACACCUUCAACUUAACUGUGUCUUUGUAAUGGAACAGUCAGAGGCAGGUACCUGACUUUGGAUUUAAACAUCCAGAUGAAGCUUGUCAUGCUCUGCAGCUGCAUUUGACAGUUACACUCAUCACUUUCUCCAGGACUUGCUGGGGCCCUUAUCUACUAACUUUAGAAGAUUAAAGUAGCACUUGCCUUUCAAAUCUUGCAUCAGCUCACUUACCUGAAAAAUAGUAUGUGCCCCAUGAUAAUUCAUAGAGAUACUGGAAUGCUUGUACAUUUCACAUCAAAGCUCACAACAAAACAAAACCAGGCAAAACAAGAACUUCUAACAGCACUCCUCAGAAGAACAUAAGGAAAAAUGACACUUUGAAGACAAAUGGUGCCAUAACAGCUUUAUUUUUUACUUAAUACAAGGCAAUUAGAGUGCCUUUUAAUACUUCACAUAACAGUUAUUAGCAAAUACAAAUAUAUACUUUUUUUUUUUUGCUUUUAAUGAAAACUUCCAUUUAAGGAUUUAACUUAGGAAUUUCAGUUGUGAAAUUUCUCUAGAUUUUUGCAAAGUUAACAGAUAUUCCAGUGCAAAAAUAGAUCCCAUUACAGAUAGCAUAAAGUGCUCGGAAUGAAGGACCAACUAUAAUUCAGGAGGGAAGGAUAAGCACAAAGUGGUGGUUUAACCAUAGGGAAAAUACAACUCCUUGCUGAAAUACAAAUGUACUACAAAGAGGGAUGCAACGUAUCAAUAGUAAUAAAGUUUAAAAUAAGUUAACACCUCAGAGCAGUUUCAUUAUCUAGAGUGGUUCACAUAUGGUAUAUGACUAAGAGUGAUUUUUCCCCAACAAACAAAAGAGUAAAUUAGUGGCUGUCUGAACUUAUUCCAUGACAAAUCUUCAUGUGAGAGUUGGCAUUAUGCUGUCUGUUCAGUACAAAUAAGACAGACCACAGUUGCGAAAUAGUUUGGUUAAUAUCCAUCUUUAUUGUGACAUUCUGUCACAGAGCAGACUAUAUGAACACAAUAGUCACAGGGCAACAGAAUCAAGAAUCACUGUUAGUGGGCUAAGGAAAAAGGAUUAUAAUGUAACUGUUGUUUCCUGCCAAAUUAAUCAUUUAUAUGAGCAGCUACAAAGAGCAAACCACAGCCCUUCCAGGACCAAAUCUGAAUCCCUCUAGAACUCAUUCUAGUUCUACAUGCACUAGUUUGGUGCAGUGCAAAACUUAAGGCCUUCACUUUAGUAACUUAAUGCUGAUUUGUAAUAGUGAUUUUUAGCAGUGCUAAGCCUUCAAUAUGCACUACUUGUUUGAAUGAUACUGUAACACCCCUGCAGCCUGUUACAGAGAAGUCAUGACUGUAGCUCAGCUGUUUCAUAAUUUUUCUGCACCUGGAACUCUGGUGUAUUCAUCACCCUGUAACUCAUCCCCAUAAGGUGAUGGUGCCAUAAAGGUAAUAACAAUGGAUGUUUUAAGUGAGGUAUACCAAUCCCCAUUACACUCCUUCCUCAAUCCCCUUAGCAAUGUAUUACAUAGGUAAAAAAAAAAAAAAUAGUAUGAAAAAGGCACUUCAGCAGAACAUGUAGUAAGCUCUUACUUUAUCCCAAGACAGGACAGAGCAGGGACUGGAAACUUGUGCUAAAUAUUUCACUGUUUGUGUUUUAAAAAUGCUGAAUUGGUCAAUGUUUACCAACUAUACCUGGAAAUACGUAAUCAACAUUCUCUAGGCUCACGCCAGCCUCUUUGUUGUUUGUUGGGCUGCUGUAGGCACUCACAGAAAAUGGUCCAUGACUGAUUCAUGGCAGAAUAGCUUUGAGAAUUAGCACAGAACCUGUAAGGGUAUCUAAAGGUGAAGGCAUGACACACAAGGAUAGCCCAGGAACUGCACUUGGCUUCCAACGACAUUACUGAACCUACUUCUGAAUAUCAGAGUGAGACAGAGGGGCCCCUAAGUGUAUUAAUGAAAGCAUACUCUCCCAUGGCUGCUGUACAAUGUGAACAAGAAUUGGUUGUUCUUACUAUAUGAUAUCCCCUGUAGUAUUAUUCUGGCUUUGUAAAACUGACUCAUGUAACUGUAGCACUACUAUUUUAAAUUACUUUGUUCUUCAAGGGGAUUUUUACUGAAGUAGUUUGCCACAUGUGUAAUAAAGGUGUUUUCUCCAGUUAGGGAUCACCUAAUGACUGAAAUUACACUGCACAACAGAAGCAGAAACUUAGACGUUAAUCUAAUGUUAUACGAGUUUCCAAAAAGGAAAAUUUUAGAUGAACAACUUGCAGUAAUCGCAGAUAGUGGCUGAUUGCUAGAGCCUGGAACUUGGUCAGAUCAUGAAUCUAGCUAUCACUGAAUGGAUAGAAUAAGAGCAUAGCAUUGCAGGCAUAAUGUAAAGAAAUACUGAGGCUACAAAGAUCAACUGAAAGCACUUUCAAUCCCUAAUUAUGCUACCUACCUAUUUAAAGUCAUAAAUAAUACUGUUAAAAAAAAAAAAAAGAU